CCAUGAUUACCAUAAACAUUUUGCACGUGUUUGAUGUUGACAGGCGGCGACAAUGGUUGACGAUGAUGACUGGUUGUUUGAUUCUAUAGCAUUAUAUCAGAAUUUAUUUAUGUAUGAUCUUCAACAUGGAAUUACAGACAUGGAUUGGACUGAUGGGAAUAAUGUGUGCAUUGCCACAUCCAAUGGCAAGAAACAUGAGCUGGCGGAACUGCACCUUCCUGAGAAACUUCUGAAAACCAGUCAAGAAGAAGCAGGUUUAAUAAAGAACCGCGAUUUCCAUAUGAAUGCUGGAUGUUACUGUCCUGAUCAAAUAGCCUGUCUCAGACAUGUCCCUAACUCAAGAGUGGUAGCAACCAGUCCCAACACUGAAAUAUGUAAGAUUCAGUUCUGGAAACUUAAUGGCAGUGAUGAAAGUGAUGUGAUCAGAAAUAUCUCAACAGUUGAGAACAAUAAGAGUAAAGGGAGUCCAGCUCACAUUACACCUGUCACUGGUACAAACAACGUAGUGUUUGGCUCUCACCUGGAUAACCUGUGUAUUGUGGACAGUAUCACAGGGCAGACUACCAGUAAAGGGCUUCAGAGAUGUGAGAGAAUUAGCUCUAUGGGGCUCACAGAUAGCAACACACUGAUAUGCUGUUGCCAAGACACCGGUGAACUUGUCACCUUUGACCUCAGGGAAGACAUAUCAAAGGUCAAACAUGAACAUACAAAUACUAUUUCUGAAGGUCAGAAAUGUUUCUGGACAAGUUCUGUGACUGAAUCAGGUGUUUACAAGUUAUCGUCUGAAGGUGAAGUUCGGAAAGUGGAAAAACACGAUUGGAAUAAUGAUGUAGGCCGUUGGUAUACUGAAUUAAAUCCAUCAUCAGAUUUCAGUUACCUAAAGAUACAUGCCUUACCUGGAAAUGAAGACGACACAGUUUACAUAUCUGGUUUUGACAGUAAUGUAUAUAUUUUCAAAUUACCUUUGGUGUCUGAGGUGGGAGGCAGUACCGAACGGGUGGUUUCCAAACCCUGUUUCCAACACGAAGGUCAUUUACGGAAUGCAGGUACAUGUACGGACGUAGAUAACAAAGUGUUAACCACUGUCACCCAUCUCCUACAUCCACGACAACAGGAUAUUGUCCUGUCGGCAGCCACGGAUGGUUCCCUGCAUGCCUGGCAGAUCAACACGUGUCUUGAUAAAUAAUAAAUACAUACCAUGUACAUUUAUGAACAUCAAUUCUACCAUUCACAAACUUCAAAUACAAUAUGUAUUAAAGAUGCUACACCGUAGAUAGUGUAUACUCUAGUACUGCUUGUUAGAAAGAAAAUACAUAAAAAAAACAUUAGGUAAAAAUAAGUCAUAGAUAGAAAAUGUUUCUUUCAUGACCUCAAAACAGAGAUUAGUGAUGUGCCUCAAAUACACAGAAAGAGAAAAGACAAAAUAUAAUGAAAGUGAAAAAUAAGGGAUAAGUGUACUUUGAACAAAAAGCAUCUUUUCUGGGAACAUUUUUUGCAAAUGUCUUUCAGUAUUAAUGUCAUACUCCCACUACAGUCUAGUUUCGCUAUCUCGAAGUCAGUGGUGUCAUGACAAUUUUCGAGAUAUUCUGAAGUAAUCGAGUAUAACUAUUGUAGAUCUUUUUACCGUCAGAACUGAAAUUUUUACUUCGAGUAAAGCAAACAAUUGACGUUGCCACGGUUGGACAUAAGGAGAACCAGAAAAUGCUUUCCUGUCUGAUUUAAUGACAUAGAAAAUGAAUGUUAUUUUAUGAUUCAAUGUUAUUUUUAUGUCGUGUAUUUUAGAAUUAUUUUAUCAGUUUCAAUUUUGCGUAUGUUGUUAGGUUAAAUUUGCAAAUUUGCAAACGGAAUUAUAAUGCUUACCAGGGCCGGGUUGCCACUGAUUGUAUCGUUAGUAAACUGUUCUGUUGGUAUGUGGUAGCUGUUAUACAGUCCUUUCGUAGUGCAGGUGGCAGACACUCAAUUUUAAUUCAUUUAAAUAGUGACACUAUUCAGACUACGCAUAUGUCCUAGACGUUAACUUGAUAAUCCAGUAUUGAACAGGUAAAUAAUGCUUACACUGUGUAUCACCACUGAAGCUGUUCGCAUAUCUGACAAGUCCUGCAAGGACGAAACACAUGCACCAUGCAGUUAUAUUCAUUGUGGCUCUACAGUAUAAAAUUAUAUAACUUUGAAUUUGAAUUGAAAGGUGCUAAUAUAUUGUGAGUCUUUUGUGCAAUCCUUAUGACGGGGUGGCCUCCUGCACAGAUUAAAGCCUACAGCAGAAUUUAUUUUAACCGGUGAAUACGAGAUCUGUCAGAAUUAAUGUCCUGGUUCUAUGAACUUCUAUGGUACUGUAUACAAUGUACAGCCGACAAACCAGCACGUUGGUGAUAUCUUGACUUUGAGGCGGGCUGGUGAACAUCGGUACGCAGGAGCAAGUUUUUUGUUUCUUUGUUUUUUGUUUUCGUUAAUAAUAUCUUCAGCAUCGCAACAAUGGAUAACCUUGAAGUAACAGGUCGAUAUAUGAUAUCUACAUGGACAUGACACUCUCUGUUUGCCUCAGUAGUUAUCGAUUGCCAAAAUAGUCUCACCAUGGUCCAGAAAACUUGAUAAUUCGUGCACAAUUAGUAUGAGCUAUUCGUUGUCAUUUAGUGAAAUAGUUGACGACAUAUAUAUUGACAUUAACUUUGUCAAUAACGACAGCAGUCAUGUCCAGUAGGAUAUAUUAACGUGUUGGUUCAGAUCUCGAAUUGUUACGGUGUAAAAGAUAUUGACGUAAAAAGAACUUCCUUGUGCGGACCAAUCAUGUGUUGUAGUGUUUGUACCAUGUGUAAAUAUUGCACGUUUUCAUCUAUACAAUUGUGACGCAGUUUUAUAACAAGGGAGCUUCUCGUGUCACUGGUAGAUAUAGUCGCCGUAGAAUUACCUUUAUUGAUCAAUUUUAGAAUUUAAUUGAAAUCCAACAAGCUUGUUUGCAGACAGACGUAGUCGGGACAACGGGACCUGUCGCAGUGCAUUUCAUAUCGAGCAUCGGGCGAUAAAAUUAAAAAGUAUCUAGUAUACCCGUUGACGACCUUGACAGUUCCGAAUUCAUUUGUAGCGGUUUCCUAUGAACACUAGCUGUGUGGUGUAUACCUGUCCGCAAUGUAGAAUUAUUAGCCCGCCCUUUAUUGAGAUAGGGUAGGGAGUGGUGUAAAUAUCUCGUAAUAUCUUUGAUUUUUUUUUUAAACUAUAUGAUUUUACAUUCGUAUAUUAUAUUUCCUUACCAAAUGUACAUUGUAUAUCUUGGUCUGUGGUUUAAGCACAAACACACAUUAUACAAUCUUAUUAAAGCGUCAUUCACGAAACAUAAGCAAACAAUGCUUAUCGGUAUUCGAACGAUUAAGUCGUAGUAGUAAUAUUAAAUUGACGAGGGCAGCUAUGAACAAACUUUAGAUUUACAUAACCGUGAAAGACAAAAUACAAGAUGGAUCGUAUUUUGUGAUCUAUAACCUACGUUGUCAACUUUUAUUCUUUUGUGUUUAUCCUUGUGCAUAAAAAAGCAAUAAACCAUGACAAUAGU